UGAGAAAAAAUGUGAUUAAAAAUCGUUUCCAAUGUCAAAAUUUGUAAAAAGCUUUUUUCAGAAAUUCUUUAUGUUCACUCAAAAUGUUAUUAAAAAUCAAAGAAUAUCAUUUUUUCGCGACUAUUGUGGAUUAAUUUAUCAUAUACCCAAAAAAAUUAUACAUUAUAAGAAUGAAUUGAUUAUUUUUCAAUUAACAACUUUUGUGGGUUUAAAGCCUAUCAUACCUGAAGACAGUCGACCACCAUGUACGGAUAAUAAAAAAAAUAUCGAAGCUAUUAUUACAAUGGCUGAAAAAGCUUUAUCAGAAGGUCAAAUACAGGAAGCUGAAACAAUACUCUUGGUUGGAUUGAAAAUUGCUGAAAAUAAUGAUAUGGAAGAAGAAAUAUGCCAGAUAUAUGAUUGUCUUAUAAAUAUUUCAUAUUCCAUUGGUGAUUUUGGGAAUGCUCAAGAUUUAAUCCAUCAAAUAGUUUCACGUUUGAUACGAACCGGAAUGAAAACUGAUGAUGAUGUAAUUAUCACUUUUAAAUUGAAAUUGGCACGACUUUAUAGUCACACUGCAAAUAAUGAGGUUGCUGAAUCUACAUUUAAAGAAUGCAUAAGUCUUCAAAAGAAUAAACUAGAUAGUGGACCUUUAUCAGAUAAAACCGGAAUAUUAUACAUUGAUUUAUUAUUUUGGUAUGGAAUAUUUUUAUUCCAAAAUGAAAAAUUUGAGGAAGCUUUGAAGAAUGUUGAACUAGCAUAUAAUUAUUCAAAUAAAAUCCAAGGCAUAAAUUCAUCACAAGAGCUAGUAAUAUUAUCGAUACUUGCCGAAAUUUUAUGUGCAUUAGCACAAUACGAUCAAGCUAUUGUUUAUUUAACAAAUGCAAUUGUAAUUGGGAAAAGUAUCAAUCAUCCGGAGUUAGCAUUAUCGUAUGUUUUAUUAGGGAAUAUUUAUUUGAAAAAAGAAUUAAUUCAAGAGGCAAAACGCUGGUGUGAGGAAGGUGCAAAACUAAGUCUACAACAGAGAAAUAUUCGUGGACAACAAGCAUCACGAGUAUGUUUAGAUAAAAUUAAACAAGCUUUUGAUACUAAAUAUGAAUUAAAUCAAGAAAGUGCCUAAAAAUUAAAUUGAGUCGUAAUCUCUUAUAAUAAAUAUAUAUUUGAGACAUUUUUUUUUUUCGUAUAA